AUGAAUGUUUCAACCUCAACUUUUCAGACAAGCAGAAGGAGGCUGAAGAAAGUUGAAGAAGAGGAAAAUGCGGGAACCUUACAACUUGGACAAGAGUUUCAAUUGAGACAGGUAAACCAUCAAGGUGAAGAGGAAGAGCUAAUUGCUCUCAACUUAAGUGAGGCACGAUUAGUGAUCAAAGAGGCACUUAUUGAGCGCCGAAGGGCUUUCAAAAAAUCUUUGAAUCAACAGAAGAAGAAAAAGAACAAAAGGAAAACCAGCAGUUCGGGAUCCCAUGGCCUAUCCGAUGGUACGGGCGAACUUGGCGACGAAUCUGAAGGAGAUGACGAAGACGAUGUAGAUGAUGACGAGGGCGACUUCAUGAAUACAGAGACUCGUGAAAAAGAAUUGGAAUCGUUGGAUGCAUUACUUGAACAAACUACAGGAGGUGCUAAUAAAGAUUUAAAGAAUACAAUGGAAUACUUGACCAAUUUUUCUCGGUUUAGAGAUCAGGAAACUGUCAGUGCAGUAAUACAGUUACUGAAAAGUGUAGGUCUUCAUCCCUUUGAGGUAGCACAAUUAGGAUCACUAGCGUGUGAUACAGCAGAUGAAGCAAAAACUCUAAUUCCAAGCUUAAAUAAUAAAAUUUCGGACGAAGAAUUGGAAAGAAUUCUCAAAGAAUUAUCAAACCUGGAAACACUGUACUAA